AUGCCCAUCACCACAUUCGCUACUUCAGUCACCACGGCCGCUUCCAAGUUCUCCGGCAUUGUGGGUGCUGAUUGUAUGGGUUUGGGCACAGCAAGCGGCGGCGCUUUGGACGACAACCGCACCCUUGACCCGGAAGUAGCGGCGACCGUCACUCCUCUUCCCGACGGUGGCUUCUGGACGGUUGUCUUCGAGAACAAGGCUGGGAAGGCCCUCCAGACUAUCCACACCGAGAACGAACACUAUUUUGAUUCCGGAAAGCCCCCUGUGCCUGAUCUGACUCCGUACCGACUACUCGGGCCACAUCGCUGUUGUGGAAGCGGGCAAAAUCAUGAAUGGGCGGGAGAGUCGUGUGGGAACUCUCCCUGGAGAAACAAGGCUUGGCUUUCGGAGGGGGCGACACCAACGUCUCGUAUGUCGACGGAUUCAACUUCCCUAUCAUGUGCCGUUGCAAUGGUGUUGAGAUUGCUGGCUGUAACGACAAUCUCUGGCUACAGGGGAAGCCCUGCCCUGAGGAAAACGGCCAAGGGCCUUGUAUACACCCUUUCAGAGAGAAUGGGGCUGCGACUCCAGGCCCCGAGUGGUUCAAGCCCUGCGAGAACAAAGCCUACACCUAUCCCAACAACAACCAAGCCAACUCCAAUCGCAAAUGCCAGUCUGGAACCGUGGUGUGCACAAUCAGCAAAGGCAAACCUUAAGGAGUCCAGUUUCGACGAUCGGCAGCUUAACAAAGAAGACUGA